AUGGUGCUUCUCUUCAACCAGGACAGAUUCGUCCCUAACUACAUCUGUGGAGUGCCAAUCACUUUAGCUGCAGUCAUGGGGGGAUCAGACAUCUGUCUCUACAUGGCGACCAUUCUGUGCAUCUACAAAGUUCCUCAGCUUCAUUAUUUUCUGAGAAAUGCCAUAUUCAACAACAGUGUUAGUGAAAAGAUUUCCUUUGAUGAAAAUGGAAAAAUCAUUGGUGGAUUUGAUAUUAUCAACUGGAUCACAUUCCCCAACCAGUCCUUUCUUAGGGUCAAAGUUGGAGCAGUAGAUCCUACAGCGCCUCCAGACAAGUUCUUCAAUGUCUCCGUGGAUUUUAUCACAUGGCCAGUAGGCUUUAAUCAGGGAUCACCUUUUUCUAGGUGCAAUGAUCCCUGUGAGGCAGGAUACAGCAAGGCCAAGAGAGAAGGGGAAUCAUUUUGCUGCUAUAAUUGCCUUCCAUGUCCAGAGCGGGAAAUAUCCAAGGAGAAAGACAUGGAUGACUGCUUUCGGUGUCCAGAAGACCAUUAUCCGAACCCUGACAAAAAUACCUGUAUUCCAAAACAGAUCACGUUUUUGUCCUAUGGAGAACCUUUGGGUAUCAGUCUGACUGUUCUUUCUCUUUGCUUUUUUUUAAUGACAUCUUUGGUCAUCACCAUCUUCAUGAAACACAAGGACACUCCCAUUGUCAAAGCCAACAACCGAAAUCUCACUUAUGCACUUCUAAUUUCUCUUCUCCUCUCUUUCCUUUGUGUCUUUCUAUUUAUUGGAAGACCCAAUAAGGUUGUGUGCCUCCUUCGACAACCGGCUUUUGGCCUCGUCUUUUCUGUGGCAGUUUCUUGUGUUCUGGCCAAAACCUUUGUUGUGGUUCUAGCAUUCAUGGCCACCAAACCUGGUUCCAGAUUGAGGAAAUGGGUGGGGGGAAGAAUGGUAAAUUUCAUUCUUCUCGCUUGUUCCCUUGUCCAAAUAGGUUUUUGUGUUGUGUGGCUGAUAACAUCCCCACCAUACCCAGAUUUUGAUAUGCAAUCAAUAUCUGAAGAAAUCAUUAUGGAAUGCAAUGAAGGAUCAGUCACCAUGUACUACUGUGUUUUGGGCUUUAUGGGUUUUCUUGCUCUGCUUAGCUUCUCUGCUGCUUUUCUAGCUAGGAAGUUACCUGACAGUUUCAAUGAAGCCAAAUUCAUCACCUUCAGUAUGUUGCUCUUCUGCAGUGUUUGGCUGUGCUUUAUUCCAACCUACCUAAGCACUAGGGGAAAAUAUAUGUUGGCUGUGGAGAUCUUCUCCAUGAUCUCCUCCAGUGCUGGCUUAUUGGUGUGCAUCUUUCUUCCCAAGUGUUUUAUCAUUGUGAUGAGACCUGAACUGAACAAAAAACAUCAGCUCAUGAAAAGAAAGUUUUAA